UCGUUCUUACUUGUCGCGUUGAUAACAGGGCUCACCCAUCCUCAGGUGGCUCGCUGUCGUCCUCCCCAUCAGAGGAAACAUCGUCGCCGCCGACCUCAUCCGCACGGCGCCCUGCCUUGAGUACCUGCAGCUCGACCUAAUUUGUGGCGGGCAUCUGGGCGCUUGAGACCCCGCCCCGGAGUACCAGGCGCCGCUGCUGCCAUCGGUCUCCGAGGCCUCGAUCCGGAUUACCAACUGGGACAGCGAUUUCUGGCUCAACAAGCGAGAGCGGAAGAGGAACAAGCUCGAGUUCUUCGGGGCCAUGUGCCGCCUCCUCGCUCGGCUCCCCAACGUCGGCUGCCUCCAUCUCUCUGGCUUCACCACCACCGUGUUGCUAGAGGAGGAAUCACAAGAAUUCCCAACCCUGAAUCAAUUAAAAACCUUGAUUCUGGACCAUUGUGAGGUUGGAGUCAACUUCCACGCGCUUACUAGUAUCCUUCGAAACACCCCUGAUUUGGAGACACUUCGAUUGCACCAAUGCAAGUUUUUAGGCUCGAAACCCAAGAGGAGGAGGACACCUUCCAAACGCUGUGGCUCAAGAACUACAACUCUCCAUCAACGCAAGAACCUGAAAUUGAUAGAGAUCAAGAGCCGUCAGGGCGACGCGCCUCAAAUCCUUCGACUUCUAUCGGAGGUUUCCAAGGAAAUGCCGCUGGCACAGUGGCGGCAUGUCAACCAAGCGAGUGAUGUGGCAGGCUUGACGACGAUGCAAUUUCAUAGAACGGAGAAAGGGGGAAAAUUGGUUUAGAGUUACUCCCAGUUUCCAUUCAUUCCCAACUUAUUCAAUUCUGAUUCUAAAUAAUGUUGGAGUAUUAUUUUUUACUCUGCAUGUUGAUUUACAUCCCUUUGUAGUCUCGAACUAGCAAUGCAUAUUGAAAGAAAUACUUUUGCCAAUA